AUGUGCAAGCUCGGCACUGCCCCCAGAAGGGAGUGCGACUGCCGCAGCCGCGAGCUCCGGAAGAAGGAAGAGGCGCUCGAGACGUUGGAGGACGAGGUGCAGUUUGAACGGCGAAGAAGCCUGGGCGGCGAGGCAGCUGCGGAGCCAGUAGAGUUCCGCAUGGCUGACGAGGCCAGCCACCGCCCUCGCAGAAGUUCCACCAAUUCGGAUCAGGAGCUCGAUCCAGAGCUGAGCAGAGUGCGUCCUGCCACGCUGUCCCGAGUGUCGGACGAGACUUCGGUGGUUCCACUCCCCGACGACCAUGAGGAAGAUGAGGAGGUCGAAGCAGAUGAGAUGUGGGAUUUGGACUGGACUGCUGUGUCAGGGCGCACGGCAACAGGUGCUGGUGCCGCCUCUCUGCCCAACCAUGAAGCACAAGGAAAAGGAUAUCCCGACUCCGAGCGGCUGGUGCAGCACAAGCUGGAGGAG